CCGGGCUCGGGUGGGGGGGCGCCGAGUGGGGGUGGCGGCCAGCAUGCUGCUCGGCUGCGGCUCGGCCUCCCACACCCGCGGCGCCCUCGUCCUCGCCAGCAGCGGCGGCGGCAGAGCAGCGAGCGGCGCCCGCGUCUGCAGCGGCGCCGGGUCCGAGCGCGCGGCGCGGCGGUGGGGGUCGGGGCCCGGGCCGGGAGCCGGGACUGGGCAUGGCGCUGCGGAGAGGCGGCGGCGGGGCGCUCGGGCUGCUGCUGCUGCUGCUGGGCGCGGCGUGCCUGAUCCCACGGAGCGCGCAGGUGAGGCGGCUGGCGCGCUGCCCCGCCACUUGCAGCUGCACCAAGGAGUCCAUCAUCUGCGUGGGCUCUUCCUGGGUGCCCAGGAUCGUGCCGGGCGACAUCAGCUCCCUGAGCCUGGUAAAUGGGACGUUUUCAGAAAUCAAGGACCGAAUGUUUUCUCAUCUGCCUUCCCUGCAGCUGCUAUUGCUGAAUUCUAACUCAUUCACGAUCAUCCGGGAUGACGCUUUCGCUGGACUUUUUCAUCUUGAAUACCUGUUCAUUGAAGGGAACAAAAUAGAAACGAUUUCAAGAAAUGCCUUUCGUGGCCUCCGUGACCUGACUCACCUUUCUUUGGCCAAUAACCACAUAAAAGCACUACCAAGGGAUGUCUUCAGUGAUUUAGACUCUCUGAUUGAACUAGAUUUAAGGGGUAACAAAUUUGAAUGUGACUGCAAAGCCAAGUGGCUAUACCUGUGGUUGAAGAUGACAAAUUCCACUGUUUCCGACGUGCUGUGUAGUGGUCCACCAGAGUAUCAGGAAAAGAAGCUAAAUGAUGUGACCAGUUUUGACUAUGAAUGCACAACUACAGAUUUUGUUGUUCAUCAGACUUUACCCUACCAGUCGGUUUCAGUGGAUACGUUCAAUUCCAAGAACGAUGUGUACGUGGCCAUUGCGCAGCCCAGCAUGGAGAACUGCAUGGUGCUGGAGUGGGACCACAUCGAAAUGAAUUUCCGGAGCUACGACAACAUUACAGGUCAGUCCAUCGUGGGCUGUAAGGCCAUUCUCAUCGAUGAUCAGGUCUUUGUGGUGGUAGCCCAGCUCUUCGGUGGCUCUCACAUUUACAAAUACGACGAGAGCUGGACCAAAUUUGUCAAAUUCCAAGACAUAGAGGUCUCUCGCAUUUCCAAGCCCAACGACAUUGAGCUGUUUCAGAUCGACGACGAGACGUUCUUUGUCAUCGCAGACAGCUCGAAGGCUGGUCUGUCCACAGUUUACAAAUGGAACAGCAAAGGAUUCUAUUCUUACCAGUCACUGCAUGAGUGGUUCAGAGACACGGAUGCGGAGUUUGUUGAUAUCGAUGGAAAAUCGCAUCUCAUCCUGUCCAGCCGCUCCCAGGUCCCCAUCAUCCUCCAGUGGAAUAAAAGCUCUAAGAAGUUUGUCCCCCAUGGUGACAUCCCCAACAUGGAGGACGUACUGGCUGUGAAGAGCUUCCGAAUGCACAAUACCCUGUACCUUUCCCUCACCCGCUUCAUCGGGGACUCCCGGGUCAUGAGAUGGAACAGUAAGCAGUUCGUGGAGAUCCAAGCUCUUCCAUCCCGGGGGGCCAUGACCCUGCAGCCCUUUUCUUUUAAAGAUAAUCACUACCUGGCCCUGGGGAGUGACUAUACAUUCUCUCAGAUAUACCAGUGGGAUAAAGAGAAGCAGCUAUUCAAAAAGUUUAAGGAGAUUUAUGUGCAGGCGCCUCGUUCAUUCACAGCUGUCUCCACCGACAGGAGAGAUUUCUUUUUUGCAUCCAGUUUCAAAGGGAAAACAAAGAUUUUUGAACAUAUCAUUGUUGACUUAAGUUUGUGAAAGUGUGGUGGGUGAAAUUAAAAGACAUGUAGCAUUAGGGUCUCACAAGAGAGGACCAAGAAAAAUCAACACACAAAUCAAAGCCAGGCUCAGAGCCCUGAAAUUAAAAAGCACUGAAAUAGUUAGAUGUUUUCAAACUUUUAGAACUCACAUUUUAAUCAGGGAUUGCAUUUAUUGGCUAACUGCAUGACAUGCCCAUUCUACCAUUUUAAAAAACAUCUUAAAGCCUGUAAUUUCUGAGAAAAGAGUACAGCAUUUACUCUUAUCAUCUAGAAAUGUAUUAUGCCUUUUUUCCUCGUUUUUAAUGAGGAAGAAGAAAAUUGGAUAAGAUGGGACAGCUCUUAUAAUGAUAUAAAAAAACAAACUUUGAGCCCCUCUUAUUCCACUUUAGCAAUCUUUUUGGUAAGAACUCUUAAGCCAAAAGUCAGCUGAAAAGAUUUGCUGAUUAUUAGUUUAAAAAUCUUGUAACACUCAGCAGUGCUAUUUUGAGUCAUCCCAGUUUCCUAAAAGUAAUGCCCAGUCUUCCUGAAUCCUCCUUAAUAGCAGAACCUUGGUGAUUUUGUUGGCUCAUAUGAAUGCUUGUCAUGGAUAUGUUAGCAAUUUAACAUUUGACAUUGCUUCCUCUGCCACAAAGACAAUACUCCGGUGACACAUGUCUAGACCCAGCACAGGCUGUAGGCCCAGCAGCAACUCAAAGGAGUUUCUCCCUCUUUCUUAUGGUUCAAAGCUGACCCUGUGGUGGCCAGAGCAGUAAUGCUUGUUUGAUGCUCUUCAUGGCUCAUCUGCUUCCCGGAACCCACCCGUUGAGUUUGUGGGUAACCAGCAGACAGGCCAAACACUGAAUGGUGCUUUUCAUUUCAUCCUUUAGAGGGAUGAAACAGUUAUUUCUGUCCGAUGAGCAUUUGGUAGAAUUUUUGAAGUGAGAUUUUACGAAGGCAAAGAGGACUUUACACAGAUCUCAACCUGCUUUGAAACCUAGAGGUGGUCCUUUGAUUUGUGCGUGUCCUUGCCCUCUGGACAACUGAAUAUUUCAAGUAAUCGAAUACCAACUUCCCUGCCAGCCCACCUGCCUUCCGCCCCGCUUGUGUAACAGUCCCGUUUUGUUGAGUUGCUGCUCUUGCAGCUGUCAGUUCAGCUCACACCAAAUCACAACCCAAGAUACUCAGAUAGGAAGACUCCUUCCUCUCCCAGUACUUUCCCAAAGGAAAAUCCCCCAGACCCAUAUGCUCACAGGGCCCACGUGUUGGCAGUGGAAUCAGCCUGUGCAGGCUGGGGAUCUCAGACUGAUCAGUAGGGGCCAGCUUUGGAGCCAGCCAAGCUGAAUCCCACACUCCAGGUCUGUGCUCAAGAGACCAGAUGGUGUAUUUCCAAAUGGGCCUCUCUGGUAUGGGCAAUAGGGAAGCUCCUGGGGUUCGGUUAUGUGGAAGAUUCUUACGGGAUGUUCCACCUGGUUAGCUGGUUCUCUUCAGAGAAUAUAAAGUGAAUGCCUUUAGGGGUAGCUCUGAGAGAGAAAUCCAACAACUUCAUUCCUAGCCAUGAAAGUAGCACGAUCAUAUUGUACUGUAUUGUUAUUGUAAAAUGAUUAUUUGCCAUGUCAUGAGUAGGUAGAUGUUUUGCCACAAAUAUGAAUGUGUUUGUUGUUUCCUGACUUUAAGCAAUGAAGACUGAGACAAUAAAUAGCACUCAGAGAAUGAAGCAUUGAUGUUA